GUGUACUAAUACAUAGAUUUAUUUUGGCAACUAAAUACACACUGCAGUAUGGCAGUUUAUUUCCUGCAUGUUCAAUCUGCAGUUCAUAAAUAAAUGACAACUAUUAACAGAUUAACAUGCAAAAGUUCAUCAAAUGUGUUCAUUGAAAAUCUGAUAUUUAAUUGAUGGAACAUUGCAUAAAUGUGCAUGAAAGUAUGCAUAAUUAGGCUCCUUAUAUUUACACAUGUAAAUUAAUCAGACUUUGGUUGAUGAUGUGUCAGUUAAAUGUUCAGAGUUAUUGUUUCUGUCAUGUUUUGAUGAUUUUUACUGGAAAAAAAACACACCUUUCAAUUAAAUACAAUUGAGGUCUAUGAAAGGGAAAGAAUCUUGGACAUCAUAUGAUUUUACCAUGAAAAACUCACAGGAAUGAAAACAAAUUUCUAAUGGAGAUUGUUUACAUUUUUUCUCCAUUUGAAAAGCUGUGGAACACCUCGCAAAGUUUUUUCAACAUUAUCAUCAGGAUGCUUUCAUGUUGAUUGCAAUACAAAAUCCUUUUCGACUUUUAAUUUUCAGCUGUGUAUUGAUAUCUGACAAGAUAGAAAGAAUAUUGAAAAAAAAAAUUUCUUUGAUAUCAUUCAUCAUAUACAUGUACAUGUAUAAGGAAAACAUUUUCUUUUCACACAGAGGAGAAAAUGAUUAAAUCAUUUAAACUGGAUUAAUUCUAGAUAUUGGAACCAAGUUAUUAUUUAUAACAGAGUUACCUGUUUCAUUCUAGCAAUGUAAGCUUUAUAAAACAAUUUUUUUAAUUAGCUUUAUUUAAAUUCAAGACCAAGUCCAAUAAAAUAUUAACAUACACAUGUAAAUGUAGAGAUUUUCAUUUAGGAUUUUUAAAAAACACAAACUAAAGGAUUUAUGAAUUAUUUUUAAGAUGUAAGAUAUAGAUAGAGAGUAUUUAAUAAUUUAUUUUAGAAUUUACAGUAUUUAGUAAGUUUUGAAUAAGAUGUGUAAAAUUAUUAAUAAUUUCUGUGUGAUUAAGUUGUCAUAAUCAUGCAAAUAUAAAUUUAAUAUCAGUAAUUUACCAAUCAUUUUAUUAUCCAGUGAUAAUUACUGCAAUGAUUAAGCAAUUAACCUACUGAUGCACAAUCAACAGUUUUAAUUGCAUAUGAUGGUGAGAAAGGUAGAGACUAUGAUACCUGUAAUUUACACCUGGGCUGUAAUAGGUGUAAUUAGAUGCAGCAAGUAGUAGUGUACCAAUGAGUGGAGUCUGUAGUUGGGAGGGUGUCAGGAGUAGGAGGUAGGACUCAGUAAUUGCUUUGUGUACUCGGGGCCAGGUAUAUAUAUAGCCAUCCCUCUGGCUAAGCUCAUCACAACUUCUGGCUUCUAGCAUCACAGACCUUGUGGAAAUAUUCAGCUGAAAGCAAAGAUACAAAUCCAAAUAUUAUAUUUUAAAAAAAAGAUAUUUUCUACUUUUAGUGAAAGAUCUUUUUGAUAUAUCAUUUUUUUUUCCACUCUAGGAAAAAUAAUAUUUUUUGUGGUAUUAUCUGGUUAGUUUUGAAAUCGGAGCAAAGAUGAAUGACGCACUUGUCUACGAGAGGGAUUUUGCUGACCACCACAAUGUUGAUGGGGAGAUUCACCAUGGCCGGCGCUAUCCCCAAGUCACAGAGUCCUCUGUCAUGCCUGCCCAGGCAGAGUACCCCCCUCCCUACUUUCCCCCACCCUACUCCAUGUCAUCUCAGCCCCCCAUGGACUACCACUACAACAACUCCUACGCCCCAAUGUCUGACUACCAGCAGCAGGAACAGCCUUCUCAGCAGGAAUACCAGGCCAUGCACAACAUUGACAGAAUCCAUGAGUACAAGAUGCAGGAUGGUGGAUCCAAUAUACACAGACCAGAGCCAUUGAUGCCAGGAGCGGUGCCCAUCAGCUACCCUGACCAUGGUAUGAUGAGCAAUGGAGCCCAGCAAGAACUGCCUUCAAUGAAUGGAAACUACCCACCUAUGGAGAAUUACAUUCCAAGAGAGAUGAUUGGGAACUUUGAUGCACAGUCCUCCAAAGGCAUGAUUGUCCAUGAGAAGACUGGUCGUAAUGAUGUGGACAUUUCUGCUGCUGCUGCUCCAGCCGAUGUCUUCUGCAUGGUGGAUGGAAGACUCUCCCUCCUCAGCAGUACCACCAAGUACAAAGUCACCAUUGCAGAAAUACAGAGAAGAUUGUCUCCCCCUGAGUGCCUGAAUGCUUCACUGUUGGGAGGAGUUCUUAGAAGAGCCAAGUCCAAGAAUGGAGGAAGAUGUUUGAGGGAGAAGUUGGACAAGAUUGGACUGAGUCUUCCUGCUGGAAGAAGGAAGGCCGCCCAGACAACUCUGAUGACUUCUUUGGUGGAAGGUGAGGCUGUCCGGCUAGCAAGAGAUUACGGAUAUCUGUGCGAGUCCGAAUUCCCUGCCAGGAAGUGUGCCGAGUACAACUGCAAGAAAUAUCAGACCCCAGACCCCCAGGAAAGUAUGGCACGCAAGAACAUGGUGUUGGCUACCAAGCAAAUCCUUAAAGAGUUCAUGGAUAUUCUUAACCAAGACCGCUCUCCCAUUGGAAACUCAAGACCCCAGCCAAUCCUUGAGCCAGAGAUUCAAGGCCACCUGACCAACUUCAGUCUGAUCACCCACGGAUUUGGAUCCCCAGCCAUUGUUGCCUCCCUUGCUGCAGUGCAGACCUACCUGACAGAAGUCUUGAAGGUCAUGGACAAGUCCUUUGUCAACGAUGGAUCCAUGCCUCCCUCCAAGAAGAGGAAGCUGUGAGAAGUUCCCUUUGCCUGUAAAUAAAGUGCUCUCAGUGACUGACUAAAACUUACAAAGUACAUGUACUUGACUGGAUCUGUAAUUCCUUACACAUUGUGAUGUCAUAUAACUUUUCCAUUGUAUGUGUUGAAUGCCUUGAAUUGUUCUAUUGGUUUCAUAAUAUGUGCUCAUCCUUUUGUAUGUUGUAUUCAUCGACUGUAGUUUUAGAACUAAUAAAUGCUAUGAAUAUUUGA